UCGAAUUUCAAACCACCUCUUCCUCCCCCUCCAGCCCUCUCUCCUUGCUCGCCCUCCUCGUCUCCUUCCCAUCGAAGCUUCUACGCCCUCGCCGAAGGCCCCGUCCCCGUCCUCGGGGAGCGCGAGGCGCAGCCAUGGCGGAGCCGCGUCGGGUGUCGUUCCGCGACGGCCGCCUCGCGUCACGGAAGGCGGAGGAAGCCGCAUUGAGGCGGCAUCAGGCUGCAGCCUGGCUCCAAGCAAUGGUGGGCUCUUUUGGCCUGGCCCCUUAUCCGUCGGAGCAGGAAUUCGUUGCUUCUCUAAGGAAUGGCAUUGUCCUAUGCAAGGCAAUCAACAAGUUACAGCCCGGUGCUGUGGCCAAGAUUAUCACAAAUGCCCCUUGCGAUAGCCAGCCCUUGACGGCUUUUCAGUAUUUCGAGAACAUCCGCAACUUCUUAGUUGCUGUGAACAAAAUGAAGCUGCCGAGUUUUGAGGCAUCUGAUUUAGAUAAGGACAGCCUUGAUGCUGGGACGGUGGGCAAGAUUGUGGACUGUGUAAUUUCAUUGAAGUCUUACCAUGAAUGGAAGCAAGCCGGCGGAGCCAAUGGGCCUAUCAAGUACAUGAAAUCACCUCUUGCAGUGCGUUCUUCACAGCUUCAAUCUGAAAAUGUUGCUUUGGGACCUUCUCCUUCCCAAAAGCGUCUAGACUUGACAGAGGCUGAUGCUGACACACAGCCAUUUCAAAAUGUAGAUCCUAACAUGAAAGAGGCAGUGGAGAAACUUAAGAAAGUUAUAGUAGAUUCUAUGUUGAGUUACAAGGAAAAUUUUGACCAAGACAUUCUGAAGAAGGAUCCAACAAAGCUUAUAGGUGCUGUUUUGGCAAACCAGCUGGGAAAAGAACAGCUUUUAUCUCCAGAAAAGCUUAUAACGGAGAAUGCGCCAACUCAUUGUAUUGAGCAUUCCAGCUCACAGAUCGAGAACAAACAGUUGCUGUUGCAAGCACAUGAAACUGAACUUUUGGACCUCAAGAAAAUGUUUCAAGAUGUUAAAGUCAACUUCAGGUCAUUGCAGACCCAAUUUCUAGAUGACAUGGCCAAAUUAGGUGAAAAUAUCCAAGAUCUUUCCAAAGCUGCCCUUGGCUAUAACCAAGCUGUAAAAGAAAACAGAAACUUGUAUAACAUGCUUCAAGAACUGCGAGGAAAUAUCCGAGUCUUCUGCCGGAUAAGGCCACUUCUUAAUUCAGAGUCUAUUUCUUCAAUCGAACAUGUUGGAAGCGAUGGCUCAGUGAUGGUCUAUGAUCCAGUUAAACCACAAAGUGCACGUAAAAUCUUCCAGUUCAACAAAGUUUUUGGGCCAACAACUACUCAAGAUGAGGUGUAUAAGGAGACACAACCUUUUGUUAGAUCCGUCAUGGAUGGAUAUAACGUAUGCAUAUUUGCUUACGGGCAGACAGGUUCCGGCAAAACCCAUACAAUGUGUGGUCCAUCUGGUGGGCUGUCCAAGGAUUUUGGAAUUAAUUACAUGGCCUUGAAUGAUCUCUUCAACAUAUCAACUUCUAGAGAGGAUGUCAAGUAUGAUAUACGGGUGCAGAUGGUUGAAAUAUACAAUGAACAAGUUCGUGAUCUUCUAAAUGAGGACAGAUCAAGCACAAAAUUAGAUAUAAGGGCUUCCUUGAACAAUGGUCUAUUGAACCUUCCAGAUGCAAAGAUCUACCCAGUGCAGUCCCCUUCUGAUGUUAUCAAUUUGAUGCAGCUGGGUGAAAAGCACCGAGCUUCCGGAUCAACAGCAAUAAACCAUAGAAGCAGUCGUUCCCACAGUAUCUUAACUGUUCAUGUAAAUGGAAAGGACAUUGCUGGCAAUGUGAGCCGUAGCAGUUUGCACUUGGUGGAUCUUGCAGGAAGCGAAAGGAUUGAUAGGUCAGAAGCCACAGGAGACAGAUUGAAGGAGGCUCAGCAUAUUAACAAGUCACUCUCCUGCCUUGGAGAUGUCAUCAACGCAUUAGCUCAGAAGAACUCUCACAUUCCUUACAGAAAUAGUAAACUCACCCAACUACUUCAGAGUUCAUUAGGGGGGAAUGCAAAAACGCUAAUGUUCGCCCACAUAAGUCCAGAAGCAGAAUCUUGUGCAGAAACCCUUAGUACACUGAAAUUUGCUCAGAGGGCUUCUACUGUAGAACUUGGAACUGCACAUGCAAACAAAGAAAGCAGUGAAAUAAGAGAGCUUAAAGAACAGGUAGACACUCUGAAAAAGGCAUUAGCAAACAAAGAACUGGAAAAAUCAUCUCUGAAACUGAAGGAAAAUGCAACCACAAGUGAGAGAACAAAGCAAGUACUGGAUCGCACCCCCCCUAGGCCACGGAGAUUAAGCCUAGAGAAUGCUAGUUCUGGUAAAGCCAAGAUGCCAGAAAGAAAGAUACUGAAAUCGCCUCGUUCAGCUAUGGGUAUAACUCAUGACAAGGAAUGCAACUCUGAUGGCUUCCGUCACACCAGCCACCAUGAAUCACUACUACAGAUGCCAGCGACAUGCGCUGAAGAUCUUGUUAGAGAGGAGGAGAAGAUAAUUUGUACAGUUGAUACAGUGGAAUUUUGUCAGCUACCCCCUGAAGCUUAUAAUCUACUUAAGCAAUCAGGAUUAAAUACUCCAGAGGCAGCACUAUGUAGGUCAAGGAACCUGUGCACUGAAGCAAGUUGCGGUGAUGCUCCGUCUUCCACCGCCAAAUUGGAGAAAAUAAUGACAGGUACUGCAGUGAAGAAAGGAUCUCAUCUAAGGAAGUCAAUUCAAAGCAGCAUAGGGAGAUUGAUUCAUGGCACUGAAAGAAGAAACGUGCAACAUUCAGCACAAGGGACUCCAACUAAAAUCACAGCCAAUGCGUGCCAUAAUAUUGCCUCCCCAGUUACAGCUGAUAUUAGGUUAAGGAGAAGACAGUCACUGACAGGUAUGCCACCACCGCCAACUAUGUCACGCAGAUCUUCUCUUGGAGGGAAGUCGGAUACAAGUAUAAGAAAUAGUCAAACCACCAGUGCAUGUGCUGCCAGCAAGUACAAGCCACUGCCAUUCUCCUGGAUCCCAUGGCCUGAACAAGGUUCAAACGACAAAAGAGGUGCCAAAACACCACCUCCAGUGAACUCGGCAGCGAAGGCGAAAAGAUGGCUUUGAAUCUGAAGCAAGACUGUCAGAAAAUUUUGACUCCCAGCAGAGCUCGAGGCAGACACCUAAUAUUCGUGUCAUCAGUUAACUACAGUUUUAGGCUUUGGGUGGUGGUUACAUUCUUUGUAACAGCUGAAACAUUAGUUGUACAAGGGGAAGGGUGCGUUUUUGUUGUAUUCUGAACUUCUAUAUGGAGCAACUCUUCUAGGAUGGAGCAACUCACUUGUUCGAUACAUUAGUAGUACUUCGUUCAACUUAA